AUGGAGAUUGCAGUGGAUGAAGAGGAUGAUGAUGGCCUGAGAGAUAAACUGGUCAUCCUGGUCACCAUAAUAGCUUGGGCCCAGGCAGUUCAGAUGAGCUACAUGCAAUGCAGAGUCAGCCAAAUGGUUCACCAAGAACAGUUGAAACAUGUCUGCAAAGGGUGCCUUGAGCGCAGCAUCCAAGGCAUCAGAGCUGAUGGGAGUUGCAUUGUGGGAUCCCACAAAGAGUGGAAUUCCCUUCAGCGAGUACAGCCAAGCGGUGUGAUGAUGCUCGCUGCCCUCGACCAUGAUUUUGUCCUCCAUCGCAAUGUGCGAGUGGCUUUCAGCAGGCCCGAACUCAUGCCAUUCCUCAAGUUUGCCAACGCGAGGCUUCACAACACGCUCCAGCAGAAAACCACCAACUCUCAGCUGCAGCUUCUUCCUGAGCUUGGUGACAUCGACUCAGGCGAGACUUUUGGUGGUCUUUUUAUCAAGGAGGAGAACAUUGAGAAGGGCCUACUUGACUCCUUUGAUUCAUCUGUUGACCCCACCACAGGUGAGGAAGUCGACCUUGCGUUUCUUGCCAGUCGAAAUGUCAUCAUCAACGAGUGGCAAAUCGACCCCACCCUUCUUAUGCUCCCAGCUGAAACUUCAAGACCAAUGAAACCUCCAGCGCCAAAGAGAAAGGCUGUCUGCAUCUUGUUAGACUCGGAUGAUAAAGGGGAUGCCAGCGGCAGCACCAUCAAAAAACUACGAACCUUAGCAUUGCCCAGCACAGAAGUUCCUAGUAUGGCCCCAGGUACUGGACGACUUGAUGCGUACUUUCCUUCUGUGCAAGACAAUCAAUGGUGCAGCACACAAAAGCUUCCUCCUGAAUUCUCGCAGGAUCGCCCAGUGCUGACCAGCGCUGCUACAGAGGAUUGCCCAGUGGUUGCCAGCACUGCUAUCACUCCUCAUCAAUGUUACACACAAAAGUUCCCUCCCGAAUUCUUGCAGGAUUGCUCAGUGCUUGCCAGCACUACCACAGAGGAUUGCCCAGUGGUUUCCAGUGCUGCAUACACUCCUGAUCAACGAUACACUGAUCGCCCAGUGCUGACCAGCACUACCACAGAGUGCUUGCCAGCGCUGCCACAGAGGAUUGCACAGUGCUUGGCAGCACUGGCAUCAAUAACUCGAUGGCUAUCGCGGCAGGCCAGACCUGGUCUCAGUGCCUGUUCUCCAUUUCCACAGUGCUGGAUGCUGGCGACAGAAGAGUACAACCGCCGUCUCAUCAAGAAAAAGGGCCAGUCAGUCAUCCAGAAGAACCCACAAGCCCUCCUAUGUGCGCUGGGUGACAUCGAGCCAAAGCUGAUGAGCAAAAUCACCAAGAAUGACUAUACCUCACGCAAAAACAGCGAGUCAUUUUGGCGCCAUUAUUGUUCCAUCAUCCCACUUGUGAAGGAAGAACCAGGCAGAAAGGCUCGAAAGGCACAGACAUGCUCCUGCUGUCAAACAAUUAUGUAUCCAGGACCCGAGAACUCGCCCCUCAACCACAAGAAGGGGUAUUGUGCAGAUGGUGUCAAGCAGUCCUCCAAGGCUGCUGGCAAGGAACUGCCUCCCUGGCCUCAGCCACGAGGAAUCUUCUCUGAGGGCCGAACAUUCCACCCUCACGUGUUCCUGUCAACGGUCCAGCGCAUCUACGAGCACAUCUUCAUGCAGGGACCAGGAGAGACAGACCUGCUCGAGACUGAAGCAUUCUCGAAGCUGCUGAUUUCAUGCACCGAGGUUCAUGAGUUGGAUUACAUGGUGCUUUUUCCACUGUUCAAGGGUUUCGUCACUGACCCAACCACUCCCUGCGACUGGACUGUCUCUCACGAUGGUGAGGAGUGGCUGAGGAUUAACUACCUGCAGCAGUAA